AUGGACGUGGACGCGGCGCCGGCGCUGAAGAGGAAGGGCGCCGACGCGCCGGAGCUGUGGCUGGACGACGACGUCGGCCCCGGGUUCCCCGUCGCCCCCCGCGCCACCAAGAUCCGCCGCCUGGUACGUGCCUGCCAAUCUGACUUGCUCGCUGUUCUCCCCUUAUCGGAUGUGCUAAGCGGUGGCGGUGCUUUGUUUGGUUCUGGGUGUGCGCAGGACCCGGACAUGAUGCCUAUCGUGCCCGGCGCGGUCGUGCCGCCACCGCCACCGGGGACGCAGCCGCCGGUGGCGGGCUUCGGGGUGGCUGAGGAGGCGCCGAUGUGCGGCGACGCGGCGGUGGUGCCGGUGGACAUGGCGACGGCGCCGCCGCUGCCGGCCAACGAGGAGAGGGCGAUCGUCUUGUACCGGCCCGCCGAGGCCGAGCGCAGGCUUCUGCUCGGCCCGCUCCGGCCGGGCGGCCAUCUCCGCGUCAGCCCCCAGUGGAUCCAAGCGCUCAACGGCACGGUGCUGCAAGAGGCGAGCAACCGCCGCGCGCUGUUCGAGGGGCUCGCCGGAGCCGAGGCCUCGAACCUAGCGAUGGUCACCUGGGCGCCGUCCCGCGCGCAGGCGGCGUCCACGGCCGCGGAGAUGAUGGAAGCCGAGGACGGCGAGAGCGCGUCCAUGGAGGUGGAGCAGGACAGGUCCGGGCAGCAGCUCCCGAUGCCCCUGUGGCCGCAGCAGCAGCCGCACUGCAUGGUGCAGCAGCAGCCCAUCCCGGUGGCAUGGUCAUUGUGA